GAGAAGCAAACACUGAAACAAUUAAUUUGGCUUCCAUGGCCAACCAACGAGCCUCUUCUUCCUCUGCUUCUUUCCCAAAGUCACGGGAAGACCAAGUAUUUCUGAGCUUCAGAGGCGAAGACACGCGCCACAACUUCACAGACCAUUUGUAUAGCGCUUUAUGUCAACGACGCAUUAACACCUUCAGGGAUGAUGAUGACCUCGGAAGAGGAGAAGAAAUAUCACGCGCGCUUCUCACAGCAAUUGAAGAAUCAAAGAUUUCUGUCAUUGUGUUCUCCAAAAACUAUGCCUCUUCAAGAUGGUGUUUGGAUGAACUUGUUAAGAUUCUUGACUGCAAAGAAUCAAAUCAACAACGGGUCAUCCCAGUUUUUUACAAGGUGAAUCCAUCAGAUGUACGGAAUCAGAGAGGUAGCUUCGGGGAUGCACUGGCUAACAUGGAGCGCAAAUACAAAGAUGAGAUGGACAAGGUCAACAAAUGGAGGGCAGCUCUUUCACGAGUAGCAGAUCUGUCAGGGUUCACUUUGGACGAGUAUCAAUCUGAAUCUAAGUUUAUCCAAAACAUCAUUGAAGAGAUUUUAAAACACGUAUCAAACCUUGUGUGUUUUGAAGUGGCAAAGCAUCCAGUUGGAAUGCAAGCUCAAGUACAAGUUAUGAAUAAGCUUUUAGAUUUGGAGGAAAACGAUGUUCGUAUGGUAGGGGUAUGGGGAACUGGUGGAAUUGGUAAGACCACAAUUACUAAAGCUGUUUAUAAUUUAAUUGCCCGUGAAUUUGAAGGUUGUUGUUUUUUGGAAGACGUUAGAGAAUGUUCAAUGUCGCAUGGAGGUUUAGCCAAACUGCAAGAGACUCUUCUUUCUGAGAUUCUAAGGGUAGAAAAAUUGGAGGUGACCAAUGUUGAUAAAGGAGUCACUAUGAUAAAGGAAUGGUUGAGGCGUAGAAAGGUUCUCUUGGUUCUUGAUGACGUGGAUGACAUGGAACAGUUACACAAGUUAGUUGGGGCAUGUGAUUGGUUUGGUGUAGGCAGUAGAAUUAUCAUAACAACAAGGGAUAAGCAACUGUUAACUGCUCAUGAUGUUAAUUUAAUACAUGAGGUCAAGAUUUUAGAUGAUCCUGAAGCUCUUGAGCUCUUCUGCUGCCAUGCCUUCAAAAGAAGUGAGCCUCCUUUGGGUGAUUAUGUGAAACUUGCACGACGUGCAAUACGCUAUGCUCAAGGCCUUCCUUUGGCUUUGAAAGUUCUCGGUUCUUGUCUAUAUGGUGGAAGUAUUGGUAAAUGGGAAGCUGCAUUACAUGGUUUCAAAAGCCCGAAAAUUCAAGAUGUUCUCAAAAUAAGUUACAAUGCAUUGGAUCAUAGCGUACAACAGGUUUUCCUUGACAUUGCAUGUUUCUUUAAGGGUAAAAGUAAAAUGCAUGUGACAGAAAUACUUGUAGCUUGUGACCCCAAAGCUGGGUAUAGCAUUGAAGUACUCGUAGAAAAGGCACUCAUAAGUGUUGAAGGAUAUUAUAUUUGGAUGCAUGACUUACUAGAACAGAUGGGUAAGGACAUAGUUCAGCAAGAGUCGCCCGAUGAACUUGGAGGUCGUAGCAGAUUGUGGUCUCAUGAAGAUAUCGAGCAUGUUCUGACUAAUGAUACAGGAACAAAAAAAAUAACAGGCAUCAUGUUAAAUUCCCCCAAAGAGGAUUAUGAGAUAUUCUUGAAUGUUGAUUGCUUCUCGAAGAUGAAAAAUCUUAAAAUUUUCAUGAACUAUAACGUAUUUCUUUCUGGAGACAUUGGUUAUCUCCCAAACAUGUUGAGAGUGCUUGAUUGGUAUAGUUGUCCGCUCCAAUCUUUUCCACCCAAAUUUCAUCCAAAGGGACUAAGGUUGCUCAAUCUUCCUUACAGCCCCAUCAAACAACGAGGGGAGGGAUUGAAGCAUUUCACAAAGUUGACAUUUUUGAAUUUAACGGGCUCUGAAUUCCUAACUGAAAUUUCCGACCUAUCCGGCAGCCCAAACUUAAGGUACUUGUAUGCGAACCAUUGUAAAAGUUUAGUUCAGGUUCAUCCAUCUGUUGGAUCUCUUGAUAAACUUCAAGUAUUGAAUUUUUAUGGCUGCUGUGAACUCACCAAGUUUCCAAAUGAAGUUUGGUGCAAAUCUCUGGAACAGUUGGAUCUUAGAAAUUGCAUAAAAUUGGAGAGGUUCCCAGAAAUUAUGGACAAAGUGGAAUCCUUAAAUAAAUUGGACCUUUUCAGAACUGCUAUAAAAGAGUUGCCUGCGUCAAUUGGAAAUCUCAUUGGGCUGACACAUUUGGGCUUAUCUGGAUAUCCAGAGUUGAUUGUCUCAAAUGGAAAUAACGUUGGGCUGACAGAGUUGGGCAUAUUUGGAUGUCCUAUAAAAGAGUUGCCUGCCGUAAUUCAAAAUCUCAUUGCCUUAUCUGGAUGUCCUAUAAAAGAGUUGCUUGCCUCAAUUGGAAAUUUCACUGGGCUGACAGAUUUGGACUUACCUGGAUGUCCUAUAAAAGAGUUGCCUGCCUCAUUUGGAAAUCUCAUUGGGCCGAUAUAUUUGGACUUACGUGGAUGUCCUAUAAAAGAGUUGCCUGCCUCAAUUGGAAAUCUCAUUGGGCUGACAGAUUUGGACUUAUUUGGAUGUCCUAUAAAAGAGUUGCCUGCCUCAAUUGGAAAUCUCAUUGUGCUGACAUAUUUGGGCUCAUCUGAAUGUUCAAUUGGAAAUCUCAUUGGGCUGACACAUUUGGGCUCAUCUGAAUGUCCUAUAAAAGAGUUGCCUGCGUCAAUUGGAAAUCUCUUGGGGCUGAUACAUUUGGGCUCAUCUGGAUGUCCUAUAAAAGAGUCGCCUGCGUCAAUUGGAAAUCUCAUUGGGCUGACACAUUUCGGCUUAUCUAGAUGUCCAAUAAAAGAGUUGCCUGCCUCAAUUGGAAAUCUCAUUGGGCUGACAGAUUUGGACUUAUCUGGAUGUCUUAUAAAAGAGUUGCCUGCCUCAAUUGGAAAUCUCAUUGGGCUGACACAUUUGGACUUACGUGGAUGUCCUAUAAAAGAGUUGCCUGCGUCAAUUGGAAAUCUCAUUGGGCUGACACAUUUGCGCUUAUCUGGAUGUCCUAUAAAAGAGUUGCCUGCGUCAAUUGGAAAUCUCAUUGGGCUGACAGAUUUGCGCUUAUCUGGAUGUCCUAUAAAAGAGUUGCCUGCGUCAAUUGGAAAUCUCAUUGGGGUGACACAUUUGGACUUAUCUGGAUGUCCUAUAAAAGAGUUGCCUGCGUCCCAUUUCAUGAAUUCACAUUUUGCUCACCCACACCCAAACUCUCCGAGUAAGGCUCAUCUUUUUUCUGAAGAGAGAAGCAAACACUGA